CCUAGUCAGUCUGCAUCAUCAAACGCAUUCUCCAAAUUCAAACAGUACGCUCCAAUCGACCAUGGCACCUUCAAGGGGGAACGCAACGAUUGUCUCAGCCAUAGAUGACGGCGACACUGCUGUUCAACAACAAUCCAGCUCGGCACUUAUUUCGGCCAAACGAAACCUGAACUACCUCAUCUCGCCGACCGCAGCCACAGCUGAAAGGCCUGCUCGAUUUCGAACGCGCGCACUGCUCCGCACAGUCCGGUAUGUGGGACAGUUCAUCAUCUGGCGGCUGGUACGCUGGGCAAAAUAUGUUGCUGUUGGGACCUUGGUGGCGGCCGUCGGAGCCACUGCGUUUGGAGGCAUGAUAUCUGGAGUAGCUUGGUUGGCGGCUCCGCCUACCAUAGGAGCGAGUAUCAUUGCAGCGGGUGUUUGGGGAGUGGGCAGGUUUGCAGCCGGGAGGCUACAUAGGAGAUGGAAGAACAGCGGAGGCGAUAUGGGAGAGGAAGUUAGAGAGAGGGUCGAGGAUCAGGCGGGAGGGAUUAGGAGCGAAGGUUCGUAUGGGUUGGACGUUGGGCCGAGAGCUGUUCCUUGGUGAAGCAGCAGGGCACCGAGGUGGUACGCAGGUAGUACAGACCACCGCAAAAGCCAUGCUCAUAUUGUGUCCUCCCUUGGGUGAUCAGCCGAUGACGCCGG